CAUACAUUUAAGAGUACUUACUUUCGCUAGACAUCAACGUCUUACUUUUAUGUAAUUUGACAAUGUUUUCAAGGCGAUUUAAUAACUCAAAUAAAAUCGGAAGAUAUUUCUACCGUGGUUUUAAGGUGAAAAAGGACCAGGGAGUUAAUACAAAAGUCACCAAUUCAGAUAGAGCAUUAGAGCAUUUUGAUUUACAUUAUAGACCCGUUUACAAAAACAAAUGGCCAUCUAUAAGAAUUGCUCUGCUAACGUCCAAGAAAACAUGUGCUGUGAUGAAUAAUUUUGCAGAAAAUAUCAAAUUUUUGGAUGAGUUUAAAUCUAACGGAGCAUAUGAUAUCAUAGAAAAGGCAGAGAUUAGUCAACGUGAAAAAGCAAAUGUUCAAAACCAUGACUGGAAAAAUGAUUUUAGUGAAGCAAAUGAAGAAAUUGUAACAGAACUUGAGAUGGAUCAUAGAACUAGUAAAUUUCUUAAUAACAAUGUGGUAGAAUUAAAUACACCUCAUGACAGUGACAAAAUACUUGACAAAGAACCUGCUGAAGUUAAAGAAAAGUUUAAUGAAUUAAGUAAGACGGUGAAUAUUGAUGAUGAUGAUGAUGAUGAUAGGAAAGAUUUAGAUAGAACAAAUUUGUAUAAUUUUGUACCAGCAGAAACGGUGUACUCUGAAACACAUAUGUUAAGAAUUGAAGAAGCAAAGAGAAGUGUUUUUACUCCAAUGGAUGUUAAAGUUGAUAUUGUAAAGCCGAGGAAGAUUGUUCUACCCUUUGAUCUGAAGGUGAUUGGAUAUCCAAGUGGUGAUGUUACAGAGUUUCCAGAUGUUAAAGUAGAUAAUCCCCAUGGAUAUCUUUGUUUUUUUAUGAUGGAUGCAGCUUCCAUUCUUCCUGUGAUUGCUCUUGACCUUGAAAAAGGUGAUAAUGUCCUUGACCUUUGUGCUGCCCCAGGUGGAAAGUCAUUGACCAUCCUACAGACUGGACUAGCAGGAAACCUGACAUGUAAUGACUUGUCCGGAUCAAGAAUUCAGAGGUUGCUGAACAUAUUACAGUAUUAUAUACCAGAAGAACAGCGGGAACAUGUAACUGUGACAAGAAAAUCAGGCCUGGCAUAUGACCAGCCUGACUUUGAUAAGGUAUUAGUAGAUGUUCCCUGUAAUACAGACAGACAUUAUCUGUUAGAGGAUGUUAACAAUUUAUUCAGUCCUAGUCGUAUCAGUGAGCGAAUUGAGAUGCCAACACUCCAGAAAGAUCUGCUCCUGUCUGGUAUCAAGUCUUGCCGACCAGGGGGAUCUGUGGUCUACUCAACGUGUACGCUAAGUCCUGCCCAGAAUGAUGGUGUCAUACAGAAUGCUCUCGAUGACCUCUGGAGAAACACAAAUAUAGAUGUUGUUGUGGAAGAUUUAGAAGAAAUUACAGAUAUAUUCAAAGACUCUUUCCAGUUUUACAAGAACUGUAGAUUUGGACAGCUUGUGCUUCCAUCAUUGUCAUUGAAUUAUGGUCCAAUGUAUUUCUGCAGACUAAGAAGAGUUGCAUGAAUAAAGUUACUUGUUUUAUAAAGA